AUGAAUUUGAGCUUUGAGGAAACCGCAGGCAAAAACUGUCCACCCAUAUCUCCAUCAGUCAGUGUCCCAUACUCCCCAACAGAAGAAACGCGACUAGCAACCAUGCUCUGCUUAGCAAUCAACUGUAUUAUAUGGCCAACUGGAUUAUCAGUCAAUGUCUUGGUCUUCAUCACUGUUUUAAGGAAGCCGCAGUUGAGAACCGUCUAUAACACGUCGGUUCUUUACCUUAUGGCUGCAGAUCUUUGCGUAAUCGUCUUGACGCAAACCACGAACAUCGCUUACCUGGUCAACAAGAUUCUCACCGACGACUAUUCCUGCUCUUUAUUCUUUGUUUAUAAUUUGUUCACAUGGUGGUGUCAUGGAUUAUCUUUUUUCACGUUGUUGAUCAUCAGCAUUGAGCGAUAUUUCGCCAUUUUGCAUCCAUUUAAGUACGAGGCGUCCGUAACGAAAACCCGAGUAUCUUGUGUUGUCCUGAUAUCUUGGAUGCUUUGGUCGAUGGUAGUGUUAAACUUACAUCUUAUUCCACAUGUUUCACAAACCACCCGUCUUAUCAUCACUGUAAGCUUGGUUUUGCCUAGUAGUAUUUCAACACUAGUGAUUUACUUCAAAAUAUACCGAGAAAUACGGGUAAAUAUCGUACACAUUGACCUUCCAGGAAAUACUCCACCUCUUGUUAACCACGAUCGCAAAUCAUCUAAAACGAUAGGACUGAUAAUCGGAGCGCAAAUAGCAAGUUUUACGCCUGGCAUUUGUUUAAACAUCGUGCAAGCAUUUUCACUUAUACAAGAAGAUCUACUCAUACAUGGUAUUUUUCCUUUUGCUGAGACUGCAGCUUUGAUGAAUGCUCUUUUGGAUCCUGUGAUAUAUUUCUGGAGAAGCAGAGAUGCUUGUAGAAGUAUUAAAGAACUC